UUGUGGAGACAAGCGAGUAACGUCACCGAUUUCAUCCUAGGUUAUACGGUCACAGUUUGUAAUAAUUCUGGUUGUCAGUUGACAUCUGUGCUAUGUGGGAAAUUUAGAAUAGGAGAAAAUGUCCCGUGUGUUAUCUACAGCGCAACUAAAGCGGCUAAAUGAGCACAAAUACAGUGCUGAGGGGGUCUCUAUACUUGAGCCUCUGAUGCAGAAGUUCUGGAGAUGGCUUGUGGAGCAGAUUCCGACAACAUGGGCACCGAAUACGAUCACAAGUGUAGGACUGAUUAUAAAUGUCGUCACGACAUUGAUCUUGGUUCUAUAUAGUCCAGAUGCUAAACAGGAACCUCCACGAUGGGCGUACUUCCUGUGUGGACUGGGGUUGUUCGUGUACCAGUCACUAGAUGCCAUCGAUGGUAAACAGGCCAGACGAACAGGGACCAGUUCACCCCUGGGUGAACUCUUUGAUCAUGGGUGUGAUUCCUUGUCAACAGUGUUUGUCAUUCUGGGCACAUGUAUCGCCCUCCAGCUUGGCACCAAUCCAGGUCUGCUGUUUUUUGAGUGUUUUUCUGCGGUCACCUUGUUUUACAUAGCUCAUUGGCAAACAUAUGUGUCAGGCACACUCCGGUUUGGCAAACUGGAUGUUACAGAGGGCCAGUUUUCUAUUAUAGCCAUAUAUUGGGCAUGCUGUUUUAUAUCCCCAUCCUUCUGGAGCUUACCCGUUCCAGUUUUAGGAUUUCCCCUGAAAAUGUUUGUUGUAUAUUUUGGUGUAUUUGGUGCCAUCCUGCAACUGCACUCAAACUUUAGUGUGAUCUUUAUGCAAGGUGGCAGUGGUAAAAAUGGUUCCACUGUUGCGGGAACAAGCACAAUAUUUCCCCUGUUUCCAGUAGCCGCUGUCAUCAUCCUGGCAGUUGUUAUAUACAAGAAGUCCCCUAUUGGUCUCUUUGAGCAGCAUCCCUGUUUGUAUGUGCUCAGUUUUGGGAUGGUGUCAGCAAAGGUCACCAACAGGCUGGUGGUGGCCCACAUGACCAAGAGCGAGAUGGAUCUGUGGGAUUCUGUGUUCAUUGGACCAGCAAUGUUGUUCCUCAACCAAUACUUUAACUCCUUCGUCAAUGAACAUAUUGUCUUAUGGCUCUGCUGUAUCUAUUGCACAUAUGAUUUGAUCCAUUAUUCUGCCAGAGUCUGUAAGGAGAUAUGUGAUUUCCUGAAGAUUAACUGUUUUACUAUACCAAGCAAACAGCCAGACAAUGUGCAGAGGACACGGAAUGGAAAACAGUUUUAACUUCAGACCGGAAAAGUAGCGAGAGAGCAGGCAAGGAGAUUGUUGUGACUUUUAAAAUAUGCUAAUUCAAUCACCAUAUGACAACUUCAUCAUGCACUUAAUAUUUAUUCCUCUUAAGUGUCACCUGACAAUAUUCAUUUUCAUCAGAUGUCCACAUUACUGUAUGCAUGUUGUAUAAUUGUGGUUAUAAUUACACGUACAACACCUCACAACUUGAGGUUACACAUUAUAGUUAUUAUACACAUUGACACUUGAUUACAGUUACAUAUUUCAGGUACUUUAAGUUACACAUUAUAGUUACACAUUAUGUGGACACUGAAAGUUACACAUUUGAGACACAGGAGCUUCAGGACAAGCCAGCAGAAGUCCAUAGCUUUGAUGUCAACAGUUUGUAACUGCAUAAUUGUGGUAAGCGGUAUAGAAGGGUAGUAAAGCUUGUUAGGAAAUGGUUAUCUGCCCUUGGUUUGGGACUUCUUUUGCUUUACCAUACUUUAAACAAACUGGUGAGGUUUUUCUUCCAUAGGAACACUGUCUGAAAGCACUUUUCAUAGGAAGAAAAAGUAAACAGAAAGUUUAAAUAAUUUAAAUAAUUCUUGAGUUUUUUUGGAACUUUUGGAGCAUUUUGUAACAGCACUCAUCAUCAUUGUCAGUGUACAGAACGCCACAGGCGAUAAUUGUACAACUUUGAACUAAACAGUUUGUGUGAACAUUGCAUUAGAGGCCCAAUAUAACAGCAUUUCACCAAAUCCAGACAUUAUUGCCAUUUAUAUCAUUCCAGCUCGAAGUCCUCUCUCUUUUUGGUACAUGUAUAUGUUUUGUCAUUAUACAAAUGUAGGUUUAGUUUGUUGAUGUUUUUUUUUGUAAUUAUUAAGAAAAUUGUAAUACGUAUGCACAAAUUUGUUGCUAAUAUUUUAUUUAGAGUCCACACCAUAGUAUUUAGUAUGCAAUUAAGUUUAGAUGUUUAUGGAUAUGACCCAUGCUGUUUCAGUACAUGCCAUUACAGCGAUCCACACAAUAUACAGGUGAUUUUUUUUACAGCUAAGCAUUUCAUAUUAAUGAUAUUUUUGAGUACGGCAUAAGACCUCAGUUAGAUAAAUAAAUAAAUAAAUUUCAAAUUAAUGUAUGGUGUAAGAAAAUAUGAUGUGUCUUUACCAGGUUUAAAAUUUAAUGCAUGCAAAUAAGACCAAGACCUAACCUGUGACAAAUUUUAGAUACAUUCAGAUUUAAUAAGCCAGCUAUGCCAUUAACACAGCAUGUGUAAGUCUCAGUUGUGAAGCUUUGAAUGAUCUUAUAUUCAGUUGUUGAACAUUGUACCUACGCUGUAACAUGAACAAAAUGAUCUGUAUCCACAUGGAUACUGUGUUAUUAAUAAAAUAUGCUAUAGGUACAUACAUAUAUCACAACUUUUCAACUUGCAAUAAUUUGUUUUUAUUCCAUUGUUAUCUCGGUGAUCAGGGAAAGCAGAACUGCAUUUUAUUCACCUUUUUGACUAAGCCUGUUUUAUUGUUUUAAACUUUGUGUUGAGAUAUGUGUAAAUUUCAUUUACCGGCUCCCUCAUUGCCCGUUCAGAUGUAAUUGUUCUUCUAAGAUGAAUUCAUUCUUGUGUAUUUUUGGUAUUUUAUUUCCACAUGCACUUUAGAAUAUUUCCUCACACAGUUAGUCAUGUAAAUGUCUACACAUUGAAUGAAUGCAUGUGUGCAUUUUUAAAACCCAUGGUAUAAAUGUAUACCUGCAGCAUUUAUAUUUGUUUACAAGAUUGCAGUCAGUACUGAGAUCACUGUCUAGUAUCUGGUUAUGAGCUUGUGUGAGUCAUGUUUUAGCUAGUGCACUGAUCAGUCAUAAAUUUACCAAGCAUCUCUAAAUCAGUUGACAUGCUGUACACUUUUCAGAAUAAGUCAUUUCAUCAGUUUGACCUGAGCAUGGAUUUCUGGUCAAAAAUAACUUGCCAGUACUUUAUACCAAAUCUUCAUCCCUCUCAGCAGUGUUCACGCUGCUAAUACAAUAUGUUCAUGUAGAAUGCUAUGUAAGUGACAGUUGGAAUGGUUAAGUGUUCACCCCGUCUGUGUAAGUACUGUACAUGUAAUCCCUCUAGUGGGAUGAUUUAUAUGUACAUCAGUCGGAAGGAGGGCCAUCAGUGAAUCUUCAGAUAGAAAGGGUUGAAUAAUCAGAAUAAGCACUACUUUCACAUAUACCUGAAAUAUUUUUGUGCCAUAACUAAUGUACAACAACUAACCGUUCCUGUCUGUGCUUCCAAUCAGUGAAGAAAGAAGUUUGCAUCUUAAUUAUCAGUUACCUUCUGUGUAUUAUUUGUGUGCUUUUCAUCUAGUUACCCUUGCAACACUCCCCAUCACCCAACCAUCCCACUCCCCAGCCGUGCCCCACCCCACAGCCGUGCCCCACCCCACAGCCGUGCCCCUCCCCACAGCCGUGCCCCACUCCUUAUUAAUACAAUUUUAAAAUGCCGUUUGUAGGAGAAGGUAGCAGUGUAUGUACGUAUUGUCUGCUAUGGACAACUUGUGAUGCAUCAAUGUAGCUUGGAUGCUGCUUUAUUCAGGUGUGGGAUGUAGGCUGGUGCUACUAUGGGUUAUAAACAUGUGUAAUCCUCAUCUGGCCUCAAUUUGCCUUAAACUUGCUGAUUUCCUCUCAGCAUCAUUAAAUAACAGGUACAUUUUAUUAUGAGAGAUUUUGGCACGAGGAAAUUGCACACAACCUAUAAACCAAACCUGUAAAUGGUGAGAAAAUUUCAUCUAAAUUUUCUGAAAAUAUAAAUUUAUGAUUUUUCUGCUCUUUAUAAUGAGGGUCGGUGCACAAGCCUGAUAGAACAGAUCUAAGUAUUCUUGCCAUGGCUUAUUUUUGUUUUGGUCUGGAUGAACACUGAGGUUAACGAUAGUACAGCCUACAUGUAACAUGCCCAGAUCUAUCAGAAGUACUCCUCUCAGUAGUGGACAUAGGCAAUGGCAACUGUAACCUUCGUGGUGGCUUGUAAAGGGAACGUUCAGAAAACAAGAAAAGAGUUCAACUCAUUUUUCAAAGCCAAAAUACAUGCAUGUACAUUUGGCAAGCCCUAUUGCAUGCCCUCCUGCUGGCAACUUUACAUUUAGGAUAGCGUUGGUAGUGCAAGAACUGAAUUUAUUGUACAUAUUCAAUUACCCUAAAUGACCAUAAAUUUCGUCAAUGGCUAACUCGCCCAUUUUUCCUGAUUCUGAGAGUUCUAUUCAUAUAGAAAUGUGUUCUGAGGUUUGCUUGGAACAUGGGGUGACAUUCUGCUGGAAACUUGCCAGUUUCAACACCAAACAUAAUAAUUUGUGACAUUUAUUUGCCUCUAAAAAUGCACUUUUGUGGACAAAAUUUGAGGUCAUGUAGGGCAUCUUUUUAAAAAAGAGAGAAAAAUUACUCCUAUUAAGUUUUUUUUCACAAAAGCUGUUGUAUUUAUACUACAUGCCCAUCUGCAUCCUGGUAUUAAAUAAUCACCACCAGGCCAAGCUGGAGUGGCACAUUGCCCUUGUCGGUUGAGAACUGAUGGUAUUUUAUUACAAAGAAAGGAGGUUCUUUUUGCCUUAACUUACAUGACUGAUGUAUAAUUAGAGAAAUAUUUAAAUAAAAUACAAUUAGAUUUUUUAAUAUUCUGCAUGGGUGAAAGUAUGGAUAUUCUUUCAUUUGUAUACUGUGAGAACUAUAUGUAUGGUUAUUGAUUUUCAGGUAUUUUAACUAACUUAUUUAGGAUUUAAAUCAUGUGUAUGGAUGAAUAAAGAUAAAUAUGAA